AUGUUUUUGCUGGUGCAGGUGUUGUCUCUGAAGAGUAAGAACCUGGUGGGCAUCACUCUGACUAACUGUGGAAUCACUGAUCUGGUCCUCAAAGACUGCCCCAAGAUGAUGUUCAUACAUGCCACCAGAUGUCGAGUGUUGAAGCAACUGCGAGUGGAGAGCGCACCCAUAGUGAACCGCUUUGAUUUCGCCCAGUGUAAGAAGCUGGACAUGGAACAGGUCCUGGAUCAGAUACUGAGAAUGCCUCCUGAGAGGAACCGCAUAAUUUACAUGCGCCCUAUGCACCAGAUUGACUCUGUGGGAUUGGAGCGUCAGCUCUUCCAGGGACCCUAUCCCUAUCACAUCGCCAUAGUGCAUGAGUUCAGCAACCCUCCAAAUAUACGCAAUAAGGUUCGCAUCCGCAGCUGGAUGGACACCAUAGCCAACAUCAGCCAGGAGUUGAUCAAGUAUGAGUUCUUCCCCGAGGCCUCAAGAACAGAAGAGGAUGUGAAGAAGUAUCCCAAAUACCCCUGGGGCCGGGACAUCUACACACUGGAGGGGGUGGUGGACGAGGCCCCCUACAGCAUGAUAACAGACUUCCCCUGGCUGAGGACCCUGAGGGCAGCGGACCCCAACAGCUACGCCCGCUACGACUUUGAGGACGAUGAAAGCACCACCAUCUACGCACCCAGGCGUAAAGGCCAGCUGUCAGCCGACAUCUGCAUGGAGACCAUUGGGGAGGAGAUCUCAGAGCGGAGACAGAGCAAGAGAGGAGUCUUUCAGAGGGUCGUAGUCCUGUUUCUCCAUCACUGUGACACACCAGGAGAGCCUGUGGACGAUGACUACAUCUAGACUCACCAGACACUGUCCAGCUGAGCUCCUGGCUGGAACUCCUUUUAUGGUUUCAUUCGUCUGCUGGAUGAGGUUCACAUAGCUGACGCUGAUUUUCUCAUUAUUUGAGAAACAUCUAAAAGCAUUCAUGAGCGUCCUAGAACCAUACAUUUUCAACUAAAAGAAACAUUUAGAAUAUAUGAUUUGCUUUCAAUAUGGCAGAAGGGCAGAUAGGAAUAAGACCUGUCUCUGAUCUGUUCCAGUUAAAGUGUUUUAUUGACAUGCAGAGGAGGAUUCUACUGGUGGCCUGAUCCCCUGUCAGUCUGCCUACCUCUGUCACACAUGACCACUCUGACACACAAGGCCUUAGUCGGAAUUAUUAUUGAAUAUAUUUUAAAUGUAGGUUAUUCUUUGAGUUCUGGAUGGUGAUCAAUAUGAGUAAUACUGUAUUUUACCUCAGCGAGCAUUAAAUGGAGAAGAGUCAGAUUUUGAGUAGAUAUGGAGCUGAACAAACCCUACGGCUGAUUCUUGUCGUUCCUGUACAUCAAUCCUGGGCAAAGUCUUCGAGCCCCACUGGAAGUGGGCUACAUCGUGCUGCUCCCAAUCUCACCUAACCAGCCUGACCUGGACACAAAUCACAACACUUCCAUGCAGAUGUAAUGUCUCUUAUGUUAAGAUGUUAUAGUUACCACUGACUAAGCAGCGUAAAGGAAGCUAAGAGCUGGGCUUUGUUACAGUUUGACCUUUCCCAACGACAAAACGAGAACACUCAACAUCUUCCUGGUUGGCUGGUCAACCAGAUUACGUAGCUUUAAUUUGUUGCCCUUUACCUUUCUCUACUACUGAACCAUCAAGCUAUUUUUGAAAUCUUUUCUCAGAAUUUAUUUUCGUUUCCUACGUCCAGUGGUGCCCUGUAGGAGAGACUGAUGUGGAAAAGGGCGAAGGUUUGAAAAGAAACAUGGUUAUAAAUCAACAGUGGAUGUUUCCUAUCAGAGGAACUGAUCUGUGUGCAGGUUGAAUGAGUCGAUCUGUGUGUACAGAUGUCAUGGAUGACCACAUGCUUCCAUGGAGUUUAUAUGUUUAUAACGAAAGAACAAGACUAUUUCACAUUGAAAAAUAAAAUAACGGAAAAUAAA